GUUUAUCCCUUGUGUAUCAUUGAAAUGUCUCCCAGUUAAUUGUCAUAAGUUAUUUAAGAUUGUUUUUGAAAUGUCAGUUUUUAGUAAUGAUGAGGACGUUGGUGUUUCAUCUGAUGAUAUAGAUCAAAUCAAAAGUAAUGGAAUUUCAAAGACUGGAACCACUUCUCCUGAAGCAUCAAGUACAACAAGUGAUUCUCCUACACCAACAAAUAGUGUUCAUGAAAAAAAUUGGUCCUCCCAUUGGCAGUCAUUAGUUUGUGAGGAACAGCGGCAAUUAUUGGGAACUGAAGAAGAAUCAUCUGACCGGCAAAGUGAUGGCGAGGUGGAAGGUGAAGUAUGGGAAAUAACACCUGAACAGAGAGAAUAUUACAAGGCUCAGUUUAUCUCUCUGCAACCUGACUCCUAUGGUCUUCUCCCUGGUCAUGUCGCAAGAGCAUUCUUUGAGAAAUCUCGAUUACCUGUUGCUGAACUUCGAAAAAUAUGGCAGCUGUCAGAUGUGAGUAAAGAUGGUGCUUUAUCUUUGGAAGAAUUUAAUACAGCUAUGCACCUAGUAGUUCUCAGAAGGAAUCAGAUACUGAUACCAGAUGUGCUUCCCCCACCGUUGAUUCCUGCUAGUCAGGCUUCUCCUCAUCGGGGCAAACAGUGGACUAAGUUUGUUGAAUCGCCCACAAGUUCUAUCUCAUCUCCUGGACCAAAACCUGUAAAUUUUGAUUUUCACAAAGCAGCUGUUGAGCAGGAUCCAAAGAUUCUGCACCCGGUAGCCCUGAGGCUUACCCCUGGACCAGAGGUGGAUGAAGGUGCUCCGAUAUCUGAAAUCAGACCAAUCCAAAGGCCUCAGCCAAAGAAGCAUACAGCCCCAGGUCCUGGUGCCAUUCCUCCCCCUCCUCUUCAAUCAUUGCCCGAUGAAAGUGUAUUAAGUAAUAAAAAGGAACCUCCCCCACCACCUCCUCCGAGGCCUUACAGGCAUCAUACAAGGAGCUCUUCAUUGGAUCUUACUAGGUUAGGAAAAUCAAGUUUACUCAAUAUGCCUCCAACUGUUCCACCAAGAAUAUCUCCUGGCACUGUCUCACCUCGAAAACAAACCGAAAAAUCUACGAGUGAAGGUGAGGUUGGAUUUGCAAACUUUGCCCAGUUCACUGAAGACCAAGGGAAACAUCAAGUAUCAGCAGGUGCUUUUCAAGUCUAUAGGAAACCAGCUUCUGAUACUUCAGAGCCUGGGAAUUGGUCACCAGCUGAAAUACCUUUGGAUGUUAAGGUUGAAGUGAGGGAGGCCCACAAUGCUGUUCUGAGGAAGCACUGCCAUGAACUCCAACUCAGCUUAGCCAAUCUUAGGGAAGAGAAGACAGCCCUUCAAACAAUCCUAGAUCAACUUGUUUCUCAUUGAUCUUCUGAAAUUUGUAAAAAGAUGUUAUAGCAUUUUUAUCCCUAGGUUUUAUGAAUAGUCUAAGGGUGUUGUACUCUUUCUAAUCAUACUUUAACAAAGUUGAGUGAAUUAAGUUGAAACUAUUUUAUGAGUACAUGAGAUGAGUUCAAAACACAAUAGGAUGGAAUCAUUGUUUUAUUUGUGUCAAAAACUUUGAAAAUCAGUAUGAUUAAUUAAUUUUAAUUAUGAAUAUUAGAAUGAUAUUAAGAUAUAUGUUCGCUGAGGGUAAAGGGCGCUCUCCUAUGUUGCUAGACCUUUUUUCUGUUUUUUUUUUUUUUUUAAUUUUAUUUCAUAUUCUGAUUAGUUAAUUAUAAUAAGUGACUUAUUUGGUUACUAAGUGCUAUCAUGUUAUUGAGUUAAUUGAAUGGAGUAGAGCUUUUUAUCUUAAGAUAGUAAUCUCUUUACAGCAGUAUUAUUUUAAUUUUAAAAACUUACAAGUGAAGUUUACUGAAUGAAAAUUCAUUUUCUUACUUGUAAAAUAGUUGUAGCCUUUACCCUAUGCUUUGGAUAUUUAAUACCUCUGAAAUAUAUUUUAUUAAACCUAAUUUAUAAAACAAGGCAUGUUUGGAUAGUGAGAGGACUAAGCUUGGGAAUCUCUUAAAAAUUCAUCUAACUUUUAAACUAUAUUUGGUAUUACACCUCAUUUUGACUUAUAUGGCCAUUGUAAUCACAAUCACAUUGAAACGCAAACAACUAUUUUAUAAAUUCUAGUUUAUCAAAACACCAACACUAUGUUACUUGUACCAACAAUUCCUGAGCCUUAGUUGUCAUAACAUUUUCUGCCUGUAAUAUGUUUCUUCGAUCGAUACCGAGAAGAAGCCAGUGUGGGAAUGAUGCUUAAGUUCUUUGUUAAAGGAUUGUAGUAGUUCUACAUGAGAUUCUACAUUUUUGAAGAAAUGUGAUAUUAGUUUCACUUUUUGUUCUUGAUUACUGUAGUCAAACAUUUCCUUCUUGGUGUUUUACUUGUAUUUUGUGAUUCUUAUGUUUCAUCUCAUGUCGCUAUUCAGUCCAACAAUAUUCAUAGAGAUAAAGAAAAGAUCAAGCUGCCAUAACACAAUCUGUAAACUGUCUUGGUUUGUAUUCAUUGAGUACAUUGUUUGGUCCUUUUGUAUUAAUCAAUUACUAAACGUGUUUGUUGCAUUUAGAAAAGUAUGUUAAACUUCUAUAUAAUCUUCAAUUUUAAUUUGCUGAUAAUUAGAAAGCAUUUCAUUUUCAAUUUAUCUGUGGCUCUUCAUCUAUUACAACAGAUGGUCUCUACCCAUUUAUGCAUUAUAACUUUUAUUCUGGAGCUGUUAAAUUUGUGGCCUCAUAUCACCAAUCAUUGCAUUUUCAUCAAGAACAGUAUAUUAUUGAUAAAUUUUGGGAGUUUGUUCGUCAUUUGUCUAAGAUAUUGAAUCACUUUUGGCAGAAAUGUAUAAACACUGUACAGUAAUCACUUAAUGUUGCUUAGCACUAUAUCUGAAUAACUGAUUGAUGUAUUGUGUAACCCAUCUUUAUAAACAUACUUCGGAUGCCAACUCUUGAAAAAUGAGCUUAAAUUUGUUUUACCAGCUUUUUACUUGUACAUAGUUAAUUG